UCAGAAUGGUGCGUGCAGCGAAGAAGGGGGAAGCAGGUGGGGAGCCAAAUCCGGAAGCGAUCAAGCGCAAGAGGCUCAAAGGCUUGGCCUUUUCUAAGAGCAUACUCUCUGAGACGCCCGCGAAGAGCCAUGUUCAUCUCGAGCCUUCUAAGACAGUAGUUAAGCAUCACGGUUCAGACAUUCUCAGAAAAUCUCAGAGAAGGAACAGGUACUUAUUCUCCUUUCCGGGCCUCAUUGCCCCCACUGGCGGUGGAAAGAUUGGCGAGCUUAAGGAUUUGGGAACUAAAAACCCCAUUCUCUACCUCGACUUUCCUCAGGGCCAAAUGAAGUUAUUUGGGACUAUCGUAUAUCCAAAGAACAGAUACCUGACUUUGCAGUUCUCCCGAGGCGGAAAGAAUGCAAUGUGCGAGGAUUAUUUUGACAAUAUGAUUGUAUUUUCGGAUGCAUGGUGGAUUGGGACAAAAGAUGAGAACCCAGAAGAAGCCAGACUUGAAUUUCCUAAGGAAUUCUAUGAGGGACAACCAGCUGAAUAUGACUUUAAAGGUGGUGCAGGUGCUGCGUCUGCAGUUAAUCAAGGUGUCCCCAAAAAUAGGAUGCAAUGUGCUGAGAAACAAUCACCAAAGACCCCUGAGGAUGAUUUUUCCGACAGUGAAAACAAUACAAAAGACACAGAGGAGGUUGUUCCAGUUCGACGCUCAGAAAGAACCCCAAGAAAAUCAUAUAAAUUUGCAGAUGCUUCUAGUGAUGAAUCUCCUGAAAGCAGCCCAGAUCUCUCUGAUCACGAGGAAAAAAAAGAAAGUCCAUACAUUGUGGUUGGUGAUGCUAAUGAGGAUGCUGCAGAAGAAAUUCAGCUCCCCGAGGAAACUAGAAAGUGUGCUUCAGGAUCUAUAUCU